AUGAUCAUGAUUGUGCCCCGUUACAGUACCUGUUUCAUUUGUUUACCGAGAGUACUCAAUCACCCCUGGUACCUGGAUUUCCUCCUGGUUCUGUGGAGACGGUGGCUGGUCUCUGCUCUCAACAAUCUCCUAGACAAAGCAAACAAUCGACCGCCAACACCAAUCUCUCGACCGACACUUCACACCUCUCUCAAUCGUCUCCGACCCCUUCCUGAACUCACCAUGACUCGAACCAACAAAGGCAACGACCGUAACCACAGCGCCCUUGCUGAUGGUACUGCCGUGGCCGAAGACCGCCUCCCACGCUACUUCGCCAAACACGGCCACGUUGACGCUGAUCCCAAGGCCGUCAAGAAACAAGGUGGUGGUAAAGGCAACUGGGGACGUGAGGGCGACGAGGUUCACGACUACGGCUACAACUUUGCCAAUGCCCGCCGUCGAUCCAACAGCAGCACUCAGGCGCUAGGUGACUUCAAGACCAAGUUCGAAACCAUCGAGACCGACCCCGUCUUCGAAGAAGAACUCCACGGCCCUACCGACGAUGACAUUGAGAAAGCCUCCAACCUGUCCAAGGAAGAGAGCGUCGACUCUAGCACCCUCGGAGGAAGCGUCGAUGGCGACAACCUCAAGAUGUAA